CUAUGGCCUAAGCCGAACAACAGAAUGGUGAAGGCAACUCCCUCGCAGAGCAAAGGCCAGAAAUCAAUCUCGAGCUUCUUCACCCCCAAGCCGACUGUCAAUGGCAUUGCGCAGGCCCGCGCAUCACAAGCCUCACAAGCCUCACAAAAUCCGCCACCUAUUAGAAAGGAAUCGAGCUCGAAUAUCUACGACGCUGAGAGUGAUGAUGAGGACAUCCGGGCUGCGAAGACUGCCUCUCUAAAGAGGGCCCUGACUGAAGAUUCAAAUGGCGGGAAUAGUGGCCUUGUCGAUCGUCCUGCGAAGAGGACGAAAGGAGAUGAGAGCGGAGGAAGUGCAUUCUUUGCAGAACCUACCAACCCUUUUCCUUCCACCAGCAAGUCGAAGAUAUCUCCCAGAACCGAGAAGUAUCUGUAUAACUCUACUCAACCAUCCGCUGGCGAUCAAGCACCCGAGGAAGAGGAAGAUGCUAGUGAAAAAGCGAGGAAAGAGGAACUUCACAGGAGAUGGAUGAAGAAAAUGGCUGGGCAGCAAAUCGGCAGACGAUGGCAGACGGACGGAGAUAAUGCUCUGAUAGAGGAUGGCGAUGGAGAAGCCGAAGAAGAGGAAGAGACUCCCGCUCCAGUCAAGACCAAGAAGAAGGGGGCCAAGACUGGCAAGUUGACGCCUCUAGAGCUCCAGAUUCUUGAUAUCAAAAGGAAACACAUGGAUACGCUGUUGAUUGUAGAAGUGGGUUACAAGUUCAAGUUCUUUGGAGAAGAUGCGAGGACUGCUGGAAAAGAGCUGAGCAUAGUAUGCAUACCUGGUAAAUUCAGAUAUGACGAACAUCCUUCUGAAGCCCACCUUGACCGUUUUGCAUCUGCCAGUAUUCCUGUCCAUCGAUUACCUGUCCAUGCCAAGCGACUUGUUGCUGCCGGUCACAAGAUUGGAGUUGUGAGGCAAACAGAGACAGCCGCAUUGAAGAAAGCUGGCGACAACAGAAAUGCACCCUUCGAACGCAAACUCACAAAUGUGUACACGAAAGGAACAUAUAUAGAUGAUAUUGAUGGGCUGGAUCAACCUACAGAUGCGCCUGUUGGAGGAGCACCGGCCACAGGAUACCUGUUAUGCAUCACAGAGUCGAAAGCCAACGGUUGGGGAACUGAUGAAAAAGUCAAUGUUGGAAUCUUAGCCGUCCAACCAGCUACGGGAGAUAUCAUACAUGACUCUUUCGAAGAUGGCUUCAUGCGGAGUGAGAUUGAGACUAGGUUACUGCACAUUGCACCAUGCGAAUUCCUGAUCGUGGGAACACUUACCAAAGCCACCGAAAAACUGGUACAGCAUCUUUCCAGCUCAACGACCAAUGUAUUUGGCGACAGGAUUCGAGUCGAACGUGUGGAGAAGGCAAAGACCAUGGCUGCUGAAGCCUAUUCGCAUGUGGCUCAAUUCUAUGCAGACAAGCUGAAAGCCAGUCAGAGUUCUCAGAACGAGCGAGAACAGAACCUUUUGGAGAAAGUCCUGAAGCUUCCAGAGCCUGUCACACUCUGUCUUUCUGCAAUGAUCACCCACAUGACUGAGUAUGGCUUGGAGCAUGUCUUCGACUUGACUAAGUACUUUCAAUCAUUUAGUGCCAGGUCCCAUAUGCUGCUUAAUGGCAAUACUUUGACCAGUCUGGAAAUCUAUCAGAAUCAGACAGACUACACCCAGAAAGGAAGUUUGUUCUGGACACUGGACAAAACCCACACACGUUUCGGGCAAAGAAUGUUAAGGAAAUGGGUGGGCCGGCCAUUACUUGACAAGAAUCAACUCGAAGAAAGAGUAGCAGCAGUGGAGGAGCUGAAGGACGCCCACCAAACUCCAAAAGUUGACAAAGUACGAUCGCUUCUCCGUGGCAUAAGAUUAGAUCUGGAACGAAGUCUGCUGAGAAUCUACUACGGCAAGUGUACACGUCCAGAACUCCUCACUGCCCUACAAACUUUGCAGAAAAUAGCCACGGAGUACAUUUCUGUGAAGUCUUCGACCGAGGCAGGUUUCAAGUCCUCGCUGGUCAACGAAGCUAUUACCUCUCUCCCCACAAUCGGCGAAACAGUAAUAUCUUUCCUCGACAGAAUCAACACGGUUGCCGCUCAGAAAGACGACAAGUAUACUUUCUUUCGCGAAGAGCACGAGACAGAAGUCAUCGGUGACCACAAACUUGGCAUAGCAGCCGUCGAGCAAGAUCUCGAUGCUCAUCGCUCAGCAGCAGCAGACACCCUCCGUCAACACAAAAAGAUCGCUUAUGUGACUGUUGCCGGCAUCGAAUACCUAAUCGAAGUUGCCAACACGGAUCUGAAACAUGUUCCCGGAUCUUGGGCAAAGAUCUCUGGCACGAAGAAAGUCUCACGCUUUCACACGCCAGAGGUAAUUCGUAUGCUACACGAACGAGACCAACACAAAGAAUCUCUCUCUGCAGCUUGUGACGCAGCAUAUGCCACCCUUCUCACAGAGAUCAGUGCUCACUACGGUCCAUUGCGAGAUGCUAUUGCUUCGAUCAGCACAUUGGAUUGUCUCUUGUCCCUAGCUACUGUAGCUUUGCUCCCUGGCUACGUCAAGCCAACCUUCAGCACCGAUACAGAGAUUACCGUCACAGCAGGACGACAUCCCAUGGUCGAGCAACUCCUCCCUUCAUCAUACAUUCCCAACGACACAUCACUCUCCACAUCUCCAGAGCAAACAAGAGCAUUACUAAUCACCGGCCCAAACAUGGGCGGCAAAUCAAGCUACGUCCGCCAAACAGCUCUCAUCUGCAUCAUGGCACAAAUCGGCUCUUUCGUGCCCGCUGAGGAAGCAAGAUUAGGCCUAUUAGACGGGAUCUACACCCGAAUGGGAGCCUUCGACUCCCUGUUCACAAACCAAAGUACAUUCAUGGUAGAACUUUCCGAGACCUCAUCAAUCCUAAAAUCAGCAACCCCUCGCUCACUAGUCAUCUUGGAUGAGUUAGGAAGAGGAACAAGCACGCACGAUGGCGUUGCGAUAGCAGGUGCGGUGUUGGAUUGGGUGGUGAGAGAGACAAAGUGUCUUUGUUUGUUCAUCACGCAUUAUCAGACAUUGGCUGGGGUGGCGAGAGGGUUUGAGAAAGAGAAGGAAUUAAGGAAUGUGCACAUGAAGUUCACGGCUCAGAAAGGCUCGAGGAGGUUGUCAGAUAGUGCGAUUGAUACCGAAGGAAUAGAUGAUGGAGACGAGGAGAUCACAUUUUUGUAUGAAGUCGGUGAAGGAGUGGCUCAUCGAUCAUAUGGCUUGAACGUGGCACGUCUGGCACAUGUGCCGAAGCCUGUACUUGAGACCGCGGCGAAGAAAUCACAUGAAUUGGAGAUGGAAGUCAAGCAGAAGAAGCUCGGGAGUCUAUCAAAGAUGAUGGCUUGUUUAUUAUCGGGAGAGACUGGCGCCGACCAGAUAGAGCAGCUGGUUGUCGGCAUCGAAGAGCUAUGAUGUAUGUACAGACGAAGAAAGAAAAGCGAAUAAGCAAAUACUGUCGCAAGUAAUGACGGCCAGACCUCCAGGCAUAUCCUCCGGCCGAUGUCUAUUAUGUAUGUAUGAUAAGCAAAUAACCGCAUAGGUUAGAGCAACCGCUGCCGAACGGCUGGCAAAAACGCUAGGAACCCCAUAGCCAUGCUCCAUACCGAAAACUCCUAAGUAUGCAGAAAGU